AUGGCUUCCGAAGGAUCUCAGGCACUUCAUCAGCAUCAAUUCUCCAUCCAUGAUGGUCGAUCCGGCGCAGCGAAACGACCUCCACUGGCGCAGGUAGGCAGGGACCCUCGCAUCAAGACAGCAUGUACGGAGUGUAAACGGCGGAAAGUGAAAUGCGACGGCAGUCAUCCGUGCUAUUCUUGCCAGUGGUACAAACAACCCGAACGUUGCAAAUAUCCAUUCACCCAGCCUGCACUAGGUGUCAAUCGCAAGAAUUUCGACUAUGUGCGCAAAAGGCUCGAAACAACCACUAAUAUCUUGACGAAGCUGUUGCCCUCGGAAUCUAUCGAUGCUCUCGAGGGAUUAUCUAGUCAACAGCUUGUGGAGCGUGUUAUUGCAACAAUCACCUCACGUGAGGCUGAGCAAAGUCCCAAUCUUCCUUCGUCCCAGCAGAAAAGAACGGGCAAGAGAUCCGUCGUGUCGCAUGAAACGAAUGUGAACGUUCCCGCCGCGGUAGCCCUCGCAGCUUCACAAGGAUCCAAGGAGCAUCAAGGACAGCCAGAGAACUCUCCAAGUGAGAGCGAUGGUCAUCACGAAUCCGCCGAUGACAAUGUAUCAGAUACUGGUGACGACGUGAAUGCAGUAUCGACGACUGAUUCUCACGCUUCCUCAUAUGUCGGGCCUUCAUCGACUAUGCAAAUGUUUCGCACAAUUCUUCGGAUCGCACCAGACUCUCUGGAGAAAAGCGCUCAAUACCAGAGUCCUCCACGCAGUGUUCCUAACUCUUCCUCCGGUUCUUCAUCCCGCCACGCUCCAAUGCCGCUGACCGAUCGGAUGACAGCGCUGAUCGACGCGUAUUUUCAUUGGGUCCAUCCUACUACAGCCAUAAUCGACGAAGCAACGUUUCGAGAAACGGCAUUAUCUGGCCAUCGAACUGAUCCUCCAUGGUUGUGUCUCUUGAAUACAGUCUUGGCCCUGGGCUCACUAGGCUGCACAAAGACCGAGUCUAAAGAGCACAUGACAUAUUACAAUGUUGCCAAAUCUUACCUUGACCUCGAAGCCCUCGGGCACAAGAGUGUGGAGUUUCUGCAAGCAUUGAUGUUGAUGGCUGGGUGGUAUUGCCACUAUCGAAACCGUCCGAAUCUUGCUUCCGCGCUUCUCGGGGUUGCAUUCCGUAUGGCAUAUGCCUUGGGUGUUCACAAGGAGACCCCAAUCCCAGGACAAACAGAUGUGAGCCAGGAGCUGAGACGCACCAUUUGGUGGAAUCUAGUGGUCCUAGAUGCAGCCGAAGCAGUAACCCUUGGACGCAACCUGGACGGAAGCAUCUUCGAUAGUGAGGUAAGGCAUCCCGGAGGCAUGCUGCAAGAGCCAAACCGGACUUAUGACAAACCUUUGUGUUUGGCAUCGCUACUGGGCAUCACCAUCGCCUUCUCCCGGAUCAUGACUGAAACCCAGGCUAGAUUGGCCACACCGACGCCCUUAUCCUUUGCUGAGCUCCUCGGCCUGGACGCGCAUCUCGUCGACUGGUACGAAGGACUACCGGGAGAGUUUCAUGGUUUAGCAGGAGGCGUACCCGCAUUCAAACACACUUUUACUGGACGUACAGAGCCAUCUAUAUCCCAUGCGUUUGUACAGCCAUGUGUAACAAUACGAUGGCGAUACCUCAUUCUUCGCAUAACGCUGUACCGGCCAGUCCUUAUGGAGGCUGUUUUGCGUAGAACUCCGUACCAUCAACUAACGCCGGACCAACGAUUGUGCAUUCGGAAGUGCCUGACGUUGGCAGGCGAAUUGAUCGAAUCAGCCCGAUCGCGGACCGUGGAGACUCCUAAUCAAUACAUUGCUUGGCCGGCAACCUGGAACCUACUACAGGUCUGCAUGGUGCCUUUGGUCUGUCUGUAUACUUUCCGCGAGGAUCCUGAAACUGCCUCAGCAUUUCACCGAGGCCACGGGCAGUUUCGUGCCCCGGCACAGGCGAUAGACCAGGUUCGACAAGUUCGCGAAGAGUGCCACCGACAAGUCCAAACGACGUUAAAUCUGAUGCAGGAAAUGCAACCAUGGGGGAUUGCAUCAGAUCGCAUGUAUGAACUGAUCAACAUGUUGUAUGAAGCACGACAUCAACCACUGCGAGUGUGGAAUAAUGAUGAAAACAGUCCUCUGGUCGUACUACCACCGACCCCUGUACUAAGAGCCGCGAGUUCUUCCAGACGGUGUGGUUGGGGGGCCACAGGUGCACGCAUCGAAAACAACGAGCAAUAUUGUCCAAGGCAAGAGAAUGAGAACAUUGAAGCGAUAGCCUUCCAGGGAUCAAUGAAUCCACCAACGGGCGUUUCAGCAGAAGGCGCGGCAGACAUGCCAAUGUACAACACAAUUGGAUGGCCAAGUGUAACAUGGGAAAGUCUUUUCGAGCUUCCAAACGAUUUUCAGUGGCCGGAUCCUGAGACUACAUACGAUAUGGGAUGA